UGUUCUUUCCACCCGUAAGCGCUCGAGUACAAAAUUUCUUUGAACUGUUUAAGCCUGGCAGAGUAACAGAAUGUCGUAACGAAACUACAACCGCAAACGAAAAGAGUGUAGAAGUAACGCUCCGCCCUCCUUCGGUUUGAAAUUUCAGCUCAUGCGUGAUGUUCAGAAGCAGUCUCUUGCCUACAGUUGUCCGUAGCAACGGCGCCAGAAACAUCAAAUAACUGUUGGGUUUGCGUCGCUUCCUGGUUUCUACUUUCUAGACUAUUGGAAGCAGAAUUAAAAUGUUAAACCGUGUAUCGUGGAAGAGAGUUUAGUGCUUGGCGUAGCGCUCAAGAUCGCUCAAGAUCAAGGCAGGCGCACAUGUUUCACUGACAUAGCCAUGUAUCGAAAACGAUUUGUUCGCGAAGAGUGUCGUUUCGUAACGGAGUAGAGCAGUUAAAGUUUUGUUCUGCGAAGUUAAUGAAAAUGAAAGUAACAUAAAAAGUGUUUGAAGAGUCAAAUGGGUACUGACAACGCUAGCGGAUGGACUUUUGAGAUCGCAAAGGAACUGACUCCAGUAUUCUUAUGACCGAGCAACGCGGGACCUUGAAGCCAGGUGUCGUGUUGUGGCUGUCCGGCACACAGCGAAAGUGUAGCCAUUACUGACCGCCCACAUGUAAAAUCCAUGCGAUCAGCAAUAGAGCCACUUCAAUGAAAUUAACUCCAGAUGACUUUACUUAGAACCGAAUGAAAGACACUGCGUAAGAGAACUGAAUAAUAUAAAUCUGUUAUCAAUGGGAUGAACUUUCUGUCAAUUGGAGACAAUUGAAAUAUGUGACAUUGAUAAGACUGGGUGAGAUGGAAUCGAGUGUUACACUGUGUUCUUCACUCUUCAAUCCGGAAGUGAGAACACGCAACAGCUGCUGCAACAUCAUAACUGAACACCGUACAUCAACGUCACCAUGGAGAUAAGGAACAGGUAGCCCCCUGGAUUAGGUCCAUUUUUGGACGUAGCUUUUCAAAAUGCCGCUUUAGCACAAUGAGCAACAAUCAGCUACAGCAACGGAGACAAUAAAGGAAGUCGGUAACAAUGUACGCAGCAGCCGGGGGACUUUCUCUUGCCCGGAGACAAGCCAGACGCCAGUUGGACAGACGUCAACUGGACAGACGGAGACAACAGCCGAAGCAACAAGCUGUCGACGCCAAACCUCCAUUAAAACCACUACCCCCCAUCCGCCACCGACCAUCCCAUCAGCUUGAAGUACACAAUCACGAUGAAUUGCUGCAUAUGUCGAGGGAGGUGCAAGCACAAUUGCUUGACCGCCCCGCUUGCUCCAGAAUGAAUGAUCAUAUCACCAGUAUCGAUAGCGUCGAUUUAUCAGCAGAGGGCAAGGCGGCAUGGCACGAGAAGGACCGCGAGAGAAAGACAUCUCUUACCGAGGCAGCCGUCAACCAUCGCAUCAAAGCUACGGAGGCGCACCGCAGAUGGAUGAGAAAGAACAGGAUCAACGACUCGUCUUUCGGAGGAAGCAGUUUGAAUGGCCGGAGCUACGCAGGGGGUGUAUUCCAAGCUGCCAACACGUUGCUCUACGUCGGACUGGGGACCUCCGCCUUCGGCCUUAUACUCUCGGGGCUUGGAACCGGAGAUAAGGGCUUCCAAACUUAUGCGCUGCGCCUCAUGGGCCCCGCACUCUUCCUCAGCGGAUUGUUGUGUUGUCUGCUCAGCGUUUUGCUCUGCGUCUGUCCUUCCAAAUGUUGUCGAUGUCACAGGCAGAGACAUAUCCACAAGAAUUCUUUGAAGUGUCACAUCAACAACCACAAACAGCUGCCAUCUACACAACAUUUCAACCAUCAUAGUCUUCUUGGAGCUGUGAAGAGUGAUUCCAAAGAACCUAAACGUACUGAAGAUAUACCAAUGGCAGAUCAAACCAAACUUCUUCAGAAGAGCGUCGAGGGGAACAAUAGAAAGACCGUCUGUAUUGUAACCACCCCACUUGAGACAGCAACGGUAUCUAAUGUACCGGUUCCUUCCGGAUCCUCUGGACAUAUUUCUUAUCAACAACAGAAGCAGCAACAGCAACAUCAACAGCCACAGCACUGUCAACAACACCAACAACAAAUUCCUCAAAAUAUUGUCUCAACUACGUUAUUAUUCUUACAACAUGAACAAAAAUGUUCCUCUUUUAGUAACAAUUUCCAGCCACUACAAACCCCAGCAAUCAAUAUCCCCAAUUUCAUUACUAGCAGUAGUGACGAGGAAGACAUUUUAGGAUCAACGCAUUUACUGGAAAACUCCAUAAGAAAAGACAGUAAUUUUCUAGAUUUAGAAAUGCGACAAUUGGAUUCAAGUAGUUUUGAUUUUAGUAGUUUCGAAAACAGUAACGAUAGAGAAGGGAUUUUAAGAAUUGGACGUGCUAAAAGUGCUGAUACUUGUGGUAGAUAUCGUGAAAGUGAUAAAAGAAGAACACCUUUAAAUAGUGUUUUUAGAAAUGAUGGUGCGACAUUAAUGACAUCUAAGGCAGUGAUCGAAACUACAUCAACAUGUUCUCCAUCAUCAAGAAUCGGGCUUGUCAACCCUGACCCUGAUGCUCAUGAACUAGAAGGAAUGUUGUUAUUAGACGAAGAAUUUCAACCAUCAUCGGCGAUUUCUAAAGACUUGGAUAAUUUAACGUUUUCAGUGGCUGUGUCUUCUUCUUCUUCCCCUGGCAGACAUACAGACAUUGACAAUUUGUUGCAGAAUGAGAUAGUUCUAAGUCCAUCGAAACUGCAGCAGACUACAAGAAAGUAAUGAAUGAACUGUGUUAUUAGCAAACAAGAAUAAAAAUUUUAAAGGCUUAGUAUAUAUUUUUUUUAUUUUCAAAAUUUUGCUUACUUUUACUUAAAAGAGAGAGAUAGAGAGAGAGAGAGAAUAAAAAAGAAAACUCUGGAAUAAUGGCGCUAUACGUUGCCUUUCAUCUUUCUACUAUCAACGAUCAUGGGUAGCUUUCUUGCCCAAAAUUAAUAUUACUAUAUGCCUCUAGGUUAUAUCUUAAAAUAUUUUUACUUACAAAGUGUUGUAGUCAGAGAGCAGAUGAUAAUUUCUACAUUUAAACUAUUAAAAUUCCAAAGAAAAUAUGAACCAUUUGCAAGACUGUGCUAUAAUUACUGCAGGUACCAGUUAUUUAGUGCUCACUUCUGAACAGAGGUGUCUAUGAUAUCACUGAACAGAGUUGUCUAUGAUAUCACUGAACAGACGAUUUUUCUUCCUGCUGCUACCAUUUUCAUCCAUAUCUGUGAAAACACUUGUCAGUUAUUUAUAAAUUUAGCAUACGAAUCACGAAUGCUUACAUUACACGAUCAGAUAUUUUGAUAUCUUGACAAGAAAUAACUAACAAUAGGCCUAAUGUAAAAUAGAAAAUAAAGCAGUGAUUUUAUAUAA